AUGGAGGCUGGGAAGCGCAGCUCCUCUCCCGGCAGCCGGGACGAUGGCAGCGCUAACGCCUUCCCAGGCAAGCUGGCGGCGCCGGCGGAGAAAGCCCAGAGCAGCCCCGGCGGCGGGGGCAGCGGCGGCGUGAAGGAGCAUGGCAACUCGGUGUGCUUCAAAGUGGACGGCGGCGGCGGCGAGGAGCCGGUGGUGGGUUUCGAGGACGCCGAGGGUCCCCGGCGGCAGUACGGCUUCAUGCAGCGGCAGUUCACCUCCAUGCUGCAGCCCGGGGUCAACAAAUUCUCCCUCCGCAUGUUCGGGAGCCAGAAGGCGGUGGAGAAGGAGCAGGAAAGGGUUAAAACUGCGGGGUUCUGGAUCAUACACCCCUACAGCGACUUCAGGUUUUACUGGGACUUAAUCAUGCUCAUAAUGAUGGUUGGAAACCUUGUCAUUAUACCAGUUGGAAUCACAUUCUUCACAGAACAAACAACAACACCAUGGAUUAUUUUCAAUGUGGCAUCAGACACUGUUUUUCUAUUGGACUUGAUCAUGAAUUUUAGAACUGGGACUGUUAAUGAAGACAGCUCUGAAAUAAUACUGGACCCUAAAGUCAUCAAGAUGAAUUACUUAAAAAGCUGGUUUGUGGUUGACUUCAUCUCAUCAAUACCAGUGGAUUAUAUCUUUCUCAUUGUAGAAAAAGGAAUGGAUUCAGAGGUUUACAAGACAGCAAGAGCACUCCGUAUUGUGAGAUUUACAAAAAUCCUCAGCCUGUUACGUUUAUUACGACUUUCAAGACUGAUUAGAUACAUACACCAAUGGGAAGAGAUAUUCCACAUGACAUAUGAUCUGGCAAGUGCUGUGGUGAGAAUCUUUAAUCUGAUUGGAAUGAUGUUGCUGCUUUGCCACUGGGAUGGUUGUCUUCAGUUUUUAGUACCAUUACUCCAGGAUUUCCCACCAGAUUGCUGGGUGUCCCUAAACGGUAUGGUUAAUGAUUCCUGGGGAAAGCAGUACUCCUAUGCACUCUUCAAAGCCAUGAGCCAUAUGCUCUGCAUUGGUUAUGGAGCCCGCGCCCCUGUCAGCAUGUCCGAUCUCUGGAUAACCAUGUUGAGUAUGAUUGUGGGGGCUACCUGUUAUGCCAUGUUUGUUGGUCACGCGACUGCCCUAAUUCAGUCUCUGGAUUCUUCACGACGACAAUACCAAGAGAAGUACAAACAAGUGGAACAGUACAUGUCAUUCCACAAGUUACCUGCUGAAAUGCGCCAGAAGAUCCAUGAUUACUAUGAACACCGCUACCAAGGCAAGAUUUUUGAUGAAGAAAAUAUUCUCAAUGAGCUCAAUGAUCCCCUUAGGGAGGAGAUUGUCAACUUCAAUUGUCGCAAGCUGGUUGCUACGAUGCCUCUUUUCGCUAACGCAGAUCCAAAUUUUGUGACUGCCAUGCUGAGCAAGCUGCGAUUUGAGGUGUUCCAGCCUGGCGAUUAUAUUAUCCGAGAAGGCGCUGUGGGUAAAAAGAUGUACUUCAUUCAGCACGGUGUCGCUGGUGUCAUCACCAAAUCCAACAAGGAGUUGAAGCUGACAGAUGGCUCUUACUUUGGAGAGAUUUGCCUUUUGACCAAGGGCCGUCGAACUGCCAGCGUACGAGCUGACACAUACUGUCGCCUGUACUCCCUCUCCGUGGACAACUUCAAUGAGGUUCUGGAAGAGUACCCCAUGAUGAGAAGGGCCUUUGAGACAGUGGCAAUUGAUAGACUGGACAGGAUAGGGAAGAAGAACUCAAUCCUCCUGCAGAAGUUCCAGAAAGAUCUCAAUACCGGUGUUUUCAACAAUCAGGAGAACGAGAUCUUGAAGCAGAUAGUGAAGCACGACAGGGAGAUGGUGCAGACUAUCGCCCCGGUUAGCUUGCAGCAGCUGCCAGCGCUGAAUGCGAGCACCUCCACCGCGGCGUCGGCAUCGCGCAUCAGGACGCAGUCUCCUCCCGUUUAUACCGCCACCAGCCUCUCCCACGGAAACCUGCACUCCCCCUCGCCGAGCACGCAGACCCCCCAGCAAGCCGUCAUCCUCUCGCCGUGCUCCUACACCACGGCCGUCUGCAGCCCCCCCGUACAGAGCCCGCUGGCAGCUCGAACUUUCCAGUACGCCUCCCCGACGGCCUCGCAGCUCUCCCUCAUGCAGCAGCAGCAGCAGCAGCAGCAGCAGCAGCAGCAGCAGCCGCCGCCGCCCAGCUCGUCGCAGAAGAGCGAGGUCCACAAGAGCACGCAGGCCCUGCACAACACUAACCUGACGCGAGAGGUGCGGCCCCUCUCCGCCUCGCAGCCUUCGCUGCCCCACGAGAUUUCCACUCUGAUCGCGAGGCCUCACCCCACCGUGGGGGAGUCGCUGGCCUCGCUCCCGCAGCCCGCCCCGGGCGCCCCCGUGCCCCCGGCCGCCCGAGGCACCGUGCCCCAGCGGGUCGCGCUCUUCCGACAGAUGUCGUCGGGCGCCAUCCCCCCGAACCGGGGGGCCGCGCCGCCCCCGGCCCCUCUGCAGAGGGAUUCUUCCGCAGUCUUAAGCACAGAUCCCGAGGGAGACAAACCACGAUUUGCGUCAAACUUAUGAUCCCUGGUAACUGUGAGAAACAGACUUUGUAAUAGACUGAGAAUCAUCCCAGGAACUGUUUUAGCCUAUUUCCUAAUGUACCCCAGCAGUCUACUACGAAAAACAUACUUUAGACAGCUUUGCCCUACUUAACGAAUGUAAAAAUUAUAUAUAUAUAUAUAAAAUAUAUAUAUCCAAAAAAAGGAGUUAAGAAAACCUAUUUGAAUUCAUGUCUUCCUUUCUCAUAACCAUUAAAGGAGUCUAAAUUCUGCUGUGAUAUUAUUUAUUUUUAAUGUGUCAACUUUAAAAUGAGUCGAACAGAUUUCUCUAUUUAUGAAAAGGUUUCCUUUUUUCGUGGGAAAAUUGUCAACACAGUAACAAGCUUCAAACAAGUACAAAAAGCAAAAAAAUCGAUCUAACUAAAACAGCACCGACUGAGUAAUAUUCUGAAACCUUCAUUCCUUCAUUUAUUCAUACACAUUGUUAGUAAUUUCUUGUGAAGAGUUCAUUUCCCAUUUCAUUUCAUAUUUUAGUGCUUUCCAUUUGGGAUUAGAUUGAAAAAUAAAUAUACUGCAAACAUCUGCAGUCAAAAGGCUGGCACUAGCACUCCUCUGGAUAGAUUGUAAUCUCAAAACAUGUAAACCAUUCUGUUGUUUCAGAAAAUGGGUGGACUUCAAUCUUCACAUUGCUAAAGACUUUUACAAAGACUAUAAAUAAUUGCCAUUGUAAAUAACUUUUUAGACCCAAACAAAAAUAGCUGCUGUGUGGUGUACCAUUGCCAGGUCUUUGUUUAGGAAUUUAGGUUCAGCUCUUCACUUCAAAAUUUACAGUUUUAAAAUUUGUUGAAGCUAAGUGCAACACAACUGUUAAAUUGUAAUGCAAUGGCUUAAAACCUACAAUGUUACUUUUACAUGCAAUGUUUUAUGCAAAAUUGUACGCUUGAUCCUGCAAACCGCUUGUACUUCACCAAUACCAUCACUUUUCUUCUCCUUGCCCUAAAUAGCAUCUGAAAAUAUUCCAUGCAUGCUUUGAAAAAAAAAGACUAUAAAAAUAGGUUCAGUCAGCCAUUGUAGGAAAAGGCUUUAUGGUAUCUUAGAAAAUAAUAAACAUUAAUUAAUUGUGUCUACCUUAAAAUUCCUAUAAUGCUGACUUUGAAUCUCUGGUUUAAGUCUAGAAGUGAGGUUUUUCAUUUAAAGGAUUAUUUGUAAACCACAGCUUGAUUUAGGCUUUCAGGUGCUUUCUGUGUCUUCACUGUAGUUUUGUAGUUGACUGUGGUGUUAAUUUAAAAAAAAUAAAUAUAAUAUAGCAUCAAAGUCUGUCUGGAAAUGCACGAUUUGCUCUGUGUAUAUUGUAAUUAAAUGGAUAGUAUAUCCUAAGGCAUGUAGUGUCAAACAUAGCCCAUAGAUAUGAGGUUUAUUAUUUUUUAUGUCUUCAAAACAGAAAGAAAAUGGUGACAGAAAGCAGGGUUAAAGCAUACCGUUUUGUGAACUUUUUAUUUUGUUUGCUCAAAUCUUCACGUUAUCUUAUCCACAAAAGAAGUCCUUUCAUAAUCAUUUGUGCCUGAUUUGUGACAUUAAAUAGAGAUUGAAACUAAGCGUGUCAUAAUUUAACUCAUUGAAACAUCAGCAUUAUGGCUAUGAUGCAAGCAUUUAUUCUGUUCUUUAACACCGAACUGACUCAUGCUAGGGAAAUAAAUGCAAAAGAGUUCUUCUUUUCCCAUUAAUGCUGAGUUUAAUGAUGCAUGGAAAAAUUAAACAACAUCACGAACUACGUAUUGCAGUGAAUCCAGAUGUACUUGAGAGCCAAGUAAAUAUUCUAAAGCUAACAGAGCUUGAACCCAUGCUGCCUGUUACACCUUUUACUAAAGUGGUACAUCAAAUAAAAAUUUUAAAAAAUAUUUCACCAGUUUUUGCUGACUUCCACUCACCAGUACAAAUCAAUGUAAUUAACCCAUUAACAUGCUGCUGCCAUCAAUCCGAGUGGCCCAGAGUAGUAUAUGAGGAAGCGAUUGUUUAAAAAUGUUCAGAACAUUAUGGAUACGCUGCAAGACCAUUUAUUUAUCAGUAAAAUACCCCUUAUUUUGUUUUAAUACUAACAAAUUCUGUCAGUUAAUUAAGAUCAUAUUCUGAUCUUUCAAACUGUUUAAGGUUUACAUUUGAUAGGAGCAAUGGGGUUAGUAGCAAAAUAUUUUUAUAUAUAUUUUUAUUUUAUUUUAAGCACUAUAAAGAAAUAUUAACUCACAUGGUCUUUCAGUGAAACCAUAAAUAAUUUUUAAUGACUUUGUAAUAGAGUGGACAAUAUCUAGGAUUUGUAUGUUAAUUCAACAAAAAUGGUACAGGGUAUAAAAUUAUAUACGUAUAUAUAUAUAUAUGUAUGUAUGAAUGUAUAUAUACUUAGAUUAAGAAACAAAUGACUCACAUUCCUGUAAUAUAAAGGUCCAUUGCUAGAUUCAGAACUAACUUAUUUUCUCUGUACAUAAGUAAGCCCAUAAGUAUGGAAUCUCACAUCUGUACAGGAUGAAAUGUAUUAAUGAAAAAGGUUGGAUCUUACUGCUGCUGGGAAGACUAUAGAUCUGAUUCUUACAAUAACUGUAUGAUCAGGGAUGAGUUAGAUUUUU